GCGUUGACUGCAAGAUCCACAAGGAAGCGGCGCGAUGAGCGAACUGGUGGCCAGCGACUGGGCGCGCCGGGCCGACCUCGCGGCCAUCGAGCUCGCGAUGCUGCAGCUGGUGGACGGACUCGACCGCUUUGGCGCCGACGCCCGCGACAAGCUCGCUUCGUUGAACCAAAAGCUAGGCGUCCUCGAGCGUAGCGUCAAGUACAUGGAGCAGAGCCUGCGCGGAGACCCGCCCGUCGCCUACUAGACGCUGCAAGAACACACGAAUUUUAUGCUUGAUAUACACUGAUACGUUCUGCGCUCA